CGAAAACUGGCGCAGUCAUUGAUGAGGACGAAGAUCGGUUGCAAAACAGUAAAACGCUUCGCUGGAGUGAGUUGACUGACCAGAUCGAACAGACGUGGCCUCGCUUCCGUGAUGUAGACUCAAUCGGAGAGGAAGAGCUAUCUGAAGCCAGAGUGGCCGAAGAUGGUGGUUUGAUGUGA